GACAGAAGCAGAGCUUGCAUUGCAUUACCUUGCUAGCUUGCCUUGCCUUGCCUUGCAUCGCAUCGCGUUGCGCCCUCUCUUCCGCCUCCGUCCCAAUGGUCACACACUGACUUGCUUUUCCUGUCUGAGAUUCACGCGGGAAGCACCGCUAGUCAAAUGUGAUAACCUUUGCGUCGGUAGGGGGCGUCACAACUCGAAGGGAUGAACCGCCAUGCUCUGUACCGAGAACGUGGAUUUGAGGCGCUGGUCUCCCUUUCCAAUGCGCUAUAACCUUUCAUAUCCAAUCAACGCUUUGAAACUAGAAGCAAACCGAGUCAGAAGAAAUGGUACUGCUGCAUGCCAACGUCACAGCCAGCACAAUUGCCCGAUAGUUUGACCAACGCUUCGCUAGCUUAUUAACAGCGUCCGUCGCCGCCGCCGAUAUCCACACCGAACCAUCCUGCCGGUAGUGCCACCUUUUUUAAAUACGAAUAACCUUCCCGGAGAUUUCUUUCAGGAACAGAGCCGAAGUAUCGAGUCUGCCCGCACCGGCAAUUGGGCAAUGGAUUUCGCUAAGUGAAUGAAUCAAGCCAACAGCGAGAUACGGUGACUCAGAAGAGGGACGAGUCUGGGUUAGAAAAUCCAACGGGUGGGCUCUGCCUCAAAUCGGCCAACUCUCACCCAUUGCUAAGACUGUUGUUGUGUGGGUGAGACACUUAGGAAGAACCGCAGUGUUGACUAUGCUGCUUCAGCUCCUACGGUGAGGACGUGACUCGUCCCAUCAAGCCUGCUAGACAUGGCCUAACUAGCAGCCUCCCAUGUCUCAAUAGUGAGGGCUAGACUCCAGCAUAUUGACAGGCCCCUACCUACUUGGCUAGGUACUCUGUCAAAGCUUGGCCGACAUACCACACCACCAUGAUUGUCAGGUCCGACGUGGGGUUAGCAGCUGAACAGGGGGUUGCCAGUAGUGUUGGCCGUUAUUCAUUCUGUCGGAGCGACUGGAGAAAUAAGGAAUAAAAACGAGAAACAACCUAGACCUGAGCUUGAAAGCUCCCAAAUAUAGACAUAGCGCCUGUCAUCAUCCCUAGAUACGCCAAUGGAAGUUCCAGGGGAAAAUUGAUGGCGCUGGGCUCCGGAGGAAGUUAUUUGACGGCUCCAUAUGACGAUCGUGGCUUGAACCUUGUCCACCAACCAACUUCGUCAUUGCCAAACGGUUCUGGUUGUUGCAAGAAAUGACUUCUACUGGUAAAUGCAUAACCGUGAAGCCAUAUCCCAGCAUUCGGUUCGUGGCUUAUCAAGAAUUGCCGCCAGGGGUGCCUGAAGGGAUGUAUCCCCUCGUGGUUUUACCACAACGGCACAAUUGCUGGUGUCUAACCAUUAACAAGCCAUUACCAACAUGUUCUGGACCACAUGGUACUUCCCCGGUAAGCUGCAUGAAUGGACAGACAAUCACCACAAACUGUGCCUUUUCUUUCCCAUUCACCUCCGAAGUAUGUAUAUGUGGCAUCAGAUGUGUUUGCCACAAGAGUCAAGCCAGAUACGAUCAAAGUAGUGGUUUUCAGGCGAUGCCAGAGUUCUGAAGGAGCUCCCUGUUGUAUGUAGUUAAGAAGAAGAGAAGAGGCUUUUGGUCUAGGUAUCCCUGCCUCGGGAGCGUUCCUAGGCCCUUGUAUGAUAGAUUACACGAGUUUCGGGGUCUGAGCUGAACAACAACUGCUAGAGCGUUCGUUAUUGUCCCCCUUUCCAAUAUUGCUGUAGAUCGAUGCAGUUUCAGCUUGGUUUUGAUUCAUCUCGUGUUGAAAUUGAAGACAUCAGACAUCGAUUGUGUGUCAUGACUACCGCGGAUGAAACCAUCUCGGACUGCUCGCGUGCAAAUGGAUAUAACGACAACCACUGCGGUUCUGGACUCCCAG